CCCACUCGGCGCAGUUAUUUCUUCCAGUGGAUGGCAAGCCCGCGAAGAAUUUUUGCUGUUUUACAAUUUUUUUGUUUUAGGUUAAAUGUUCUAGCGGUCAGUUUUGCACAAAGGAAAGGAGCAUGUCGGACGCAGACCUAUUCAUGGAGUGUGAGGAGGAGGAGCUGGAGCCAUGGCAACAGAUGGAUGAUGAUGUGGAGGAUGAAGAAGUUGGUGUCUCGGAAUGCAAGUCCAGCACAGCCCCUGUUACUGUAGUGACUGCUGGACCCUCCUCUGUGACUGUGGUGUCCCCCCUUGCCACCCCAGUGGUAAUGCCCCCUGUUGGCACUCCUGUGGCAUUGCCCAUUGUGUCUACCUCCAUGAUGGUUUCCAGUGCCAACACUUCCAGUGAUGGCAAGAAGCCCAUGGUCUCACUUUUCACUAAUACCGCAUCACCAGUCUCAUCUGUGCUGCCUCCCUCCAUGGUGCCCCCAGUCCCACACUCCAUGCCUUCACUGGUCCCCCCGGGGCUUCCCAAGCCUGGCCCGGGACAGCAGUUGAUCCUGACACAGAGUCCCGGUGGGCUGGGUACUGUGGCCAUGUCUCAGGUUCUGCAGCCUAUGCAGGUGAUGCCCAGUGCUGCCGCUGGCCCCAGCGCUCCCAGCAACCAGCCAAUCUUCUUCACCACACAGGACAUCCCUCCCACUCAGAGACCCAUAGGGCACACCUGCCUAGACCCGCUCAACAUGGGGUUCCCAGUCCGAAAUGUGAGGCCUGUUCAGAACUCCAUCAACCCCCUGGGGAUUGUGUUGAAUGUACAGCAGGGUCAGACGGUCAGGCCAAUCACCCUGGUGCCAGCUCCAGGCAAUCCAUUCUUCAAGCCAGCAGUGGGUGUGCCCCAGGUAGUGCCCCAACCAGCCCCAAUCCGGCCUGCAACCCCGGUGGCAGUUCGCCCGCCAACCAGCUCCUACACUACAGUACAGAUCCCCGCCACCCUCACCAUCCGUAGCACCGCCCCACUGUCCCAGGCCCUCACCACCGUAGCCGCCACCAUGGGAACCCAGCCGGUCCAGUCCCCUGGGCUGUCUCCCAGCACACCGACCAAGAUUGUGAACGUGUGCAACCUGGUGACGGUGAAGCACGGAGAGAACAACCCUGACGUGCAGAAACUGGUGAACCUGGUCAACGCGGUCAGCCCGACCACCGUGGCGCAGCCGCAGACCGUGCAGGUCGUCGUGACCAACAGCAGAGCCCCCACCAACGGUCUGACUGCAGCUCCUAUCUCUGUUGCUGCACCCUCACCCCUCGACAGCAUAAAAGUGGGUCCUGCGACAACUGUACCAGCCGCCAAUGUCUGCCCACGCUGUGGAGCACAGUUCAGAAUGGUGGAGGCACUUCGGGGACAUAUGUGUUUCUGCUGUCCGGAGCUAAUGCUGAGUAUGAAGCCAUCUGACGGCCAGAAAUCUAUGACCACCAGCACUCCACCUGUCACAAACCCUACCCUGGCUCCACCCAUACCAGCUAAACCACUCCCACCUGUAAGCCCAUCUGCCCCACUCCCUCAGACAGUAGAGAGGGGUCCCAGUCUUGGCACGGACUCCAAGGGAAACCUCGUUAUGUUGGUGGAUGACUUCUACUAUGGCAUCUACGAGGGCAACCGUGAUGGAGCCACGAUGGACUUACUUCAGCAGCCCGUUGUGUUCAAGUGCCUCAGCUGCUCAAAGAGGCUCAAGAAUAAUAUCAGGCUUAUGAAUCACAUGAAGCACCACGUGGAGCUGGAACAGCAGAAUGGAGAGGUGGACACGCACACCAACUGCCAGCACUGCUUCCGCCAGUUCCCCACACCAUUCCAGCUGCAGUGCCACCUGGAGAGUGUGCACAGCCACUACGAGUCAACCACCAAGUGUAAGAUCUGCGAGUGGGCAUUUGAGAGUGAACCCGUGUUCCUGCAGCACAUGAAGAACACCCACAAACCAGGCGAGAUGCCAUACGUCUGCCAGGUGUGCGAAUACCGGUCCUCCUUCUACGCUGAUGUUUACAAUCACUUCCGCUCGUGGCAUGAGGACACCAGGUACCUCCUGUGCCUCUACUGCCUCAGGGUCUUCAAGAACUGCAACUCCUACCAGCAGCAUUACGUCCGUCACCAGAGGAAGAGAGUGUACCACUGCAAUAAGUGUCGUCUGCAGUUCCUCUUCACCAAGGAUAAGAUUGAGCACAAACUCAACCACCACAAGACCUUCCGCAAACCCAGGCAACUGGAGGGGCUUACGCCUGGGACAAAGGUGACCAUCAGGGCGUACGCUGCAAACAAGGUCAUGGGGCAGCCCCCUCCAAUCCCUCCUGCAUUGUCCCCUGUGGUGUCCCCUGUGAUACCUCCGGCUAACCCCCCUCCUGGGACUUUGCAAGCCCCGCCAAGUAGAGACACCCUCUCCCCCAAGGUGGGUGAUGUCCAACCCAGACCGUCCCAUGCCCACAGUGAGGGCAAACCACAAACCACCAUCAAGAGGAGAUCUGUCAGUAAGAUGCUGGAGUUGCUGACCAAGUUUCAGGAGCAGCGGGCCACCCUAGGUAAACAGACAUGUCUGGAGUGCAACUUGGAUGUUCCAGACUUCCCCAACCACUACCCCACCUAUGUACACUGCUCUCUGUGCCACUACGGCACCUGUUGCUCCCGCGCCUACGCCAACCACAUGAUCAACAAUCAUGUACCUCGAAAGAGUCGCAAAUACCCCGCCAUGUACAAGAGGCCAGCUCCAAGGAUGAAGCUAGCCUGCACGUCGUGCAACUUCACCUCCCAGUUGGGUGAUGUAAUGGCCAAACAUCUCGUCCAGAACCCAAGCCACUGCCACAGUCUUUGCACCCUGAAAGAACAGCUGGAGUCGGAUAUUGAAUGCUCCGAUGCUGAGGAGGAGGAACCGGGAGGGGAAGGCGGGAGUGCAGUUGAAGUUGGGGGGAAGCCAAACUGGGCAUCCAUGGACUACUGUGAGAAACCAAAGAAGAGCCUCAAGGUGCCAGAAUUUGCAGGUGUCUCUGGCCCAUACCACUCCUUGAGUAAGACCAGUGAUGCCAUGGACUACUUCCACCUGCUCUUCCCCAGCUCGCUUCUGGAUCUGAUUGUCCAGGAGACUAAUGCCUAUGCCAUGACCCACUACAUCAUCGGGCGGGGUGACCCGGACUGGAGUCCAGUCACCGCAGCGGAAGUCCAAGGUUUCAUGGGCCUCAGCAUCCUGAUGGGCUUGCAGAGUCUUCCAGAACUUGGAAUGUACUGGUCCUGGCAACACUGUGAGAGCUGUCUCACCUUCCUGAAGACAAUGUCAGCUAAGCGCUUCCAACAGAUCUCCGCAUACAUCCGGGUGUGCGGUCAGAGCGACGAUUGGCAGGGUGAUUGCCACGACAGGCUGUGUAUGAUCCGGCCUAUGCUGGAGGCUUUGGAGGAUACCAUAUGGGAAACCUACCUUCCCAACAAGUGCUUGACUAUUGAUCAGGCUCUUAUAUCCAAUGUGGAGGUUGAGGACAGUGAGGAGAAGCAAAACAUUGGCCAGCUGCAGGUGUGGCUGUUGUGUGACUCCAAAUCGGGGUACUGUCACCGCAUACUAAUUGACACUCAACAGGAUGAGCAGGAGCAAGGAGAAGAUGCAGGUUUCAGAGUGGUACUACCCCUAGUGAGGGAUCUUCAGGGCAAGAACCACCAAGUCUUCCUGGCCAGCUCCCUGACAUCUGUACCACUCAUGAAGAAGCUCCUGGCCCAGAGCAUCUACAGCUGCAGUUCCUUCCCCCCGUAUUCUCCUGUCUUUCCUAGGGAAUUCUGGGAGCAGGGCCAGCUAAACCAACCUGGGGACUUUGUGCAGCAAAUGAUUGGCCCUCUCCUGGCCACACGAUGGAAGGAUAGCAAGGAAAUGUGCUGCUUGUCAACCAAUGCGGAGCCAGGCUUGCCUGACAUAGUGUGGAGGAAGUCUCGUGUCAAGACGGGAGAGCUGUGCUCCAUCCCGAGGCCCAGAGCCUUCCAGCUGCUCCAAGAGAACAUGCGGGGUGUGGACAUCUGCAACCAGCUGCAGGCCUGCAACCCUCUGGGCGGGCUGAUUCGGGACAGGUGGUGGCGCUGCCUUUUCUGGUUCCUAAUCAACCUGUGCAUAGCGAACGCCUUCAUUUUGCUCCGCGAGAGCCGCAAAGACAACCCGCCCUUGUGGGUAGAGGGCGGCCGCUUCUCCCAGGCCAACUUCCGCAAGCGCUUGGGCCACCAGCUGGCCAAGUGCGCCCAGAGAGGAGUUCGCACCCAUGCGGGAGAAGGACAAAAAGCUGCACGAGGAGAAGGCAGAGAGGACACAGGAGGACAAGAUGGUGCAGUGUUGCGGCACAGACUGGAUAAGAUCACUGCCAAGACCAAGAGAUGCAAGAACUGCAGCGUGAAAAACCUGCGCCACGAGAGCGUGUUUGGCUGUGUUGUGUGCAGGGUCAACCUAUGCAAGGGCAGCCGCUGCUUCUGGGAGUACCAUGGCCUCUCACCCCACAACAGAGGAUCUCCAAAAAUUGGAUUUACUGUGGAAAGGCAGGCCCUGCCCCCGAACAAGCUCACCAACAACCAACCCUAUUUUCCUCUUCCGGUUCACACACCCUCCCUGGCGUCUUCAUCAAAAUGGGAGCCUGGAGGGCCUAAUGAAGUGCUAGACCAGGAAAUGGCUCCAGUGGAAGACAUAGACACCGACACCGAGCAGGAGGAAGAACAAGGGGCGUGCACUGUGGAGGAACAGAAAGUACGGACAGAGAACGAGGACAAGGCACCGUGCAGGGAGGAGCCUGAGGUCUCAGCGGCCGAUGUCAAGCCCGAGGCCGACGCUGUGGGGUUGGGAAAGGAGCGGGAGGAGACUCUGUCGGUGCGUCAGCUGAGGAUCGUGCUGUUCGCGCUGUGCUGCGGCAUACCCCAGGCCGCCGAGCACUUCAACACCAGGACGCAGCUCAUCCACACCUGGCUGCAGGAGAAGGAGCGGCAGCUCAGCCGGGAGCGCCGCGGGGGAGGCGGCGGGGAGGCGGUGGACCGCCUGGUGGAGUGGGUGCUCGCCCAGCGAGAGCAGCAGCUGCCGGUCAACGAGAAGAACCUCUUCCAGAAGGCCUCGGAGAUCCACAGCCACGCCAACCAGAGCAGCUUGUUCCGCAUCUCCUACGAGUGGGCGGUGGGCUUCAUGCUGCAGCACGAUUUGGGGCUGCAGGCCACGGGCACGGUGAGCAGACGCCUGCCUCGACAUGCGGAGGAGAGCGCCCAGACUUUCACCGAGUUUGUUCACAAGCAGAUCAAGUCUCAAAAUUUCUCUCAUUCUGUCAUCGGGGCUAUGGAUGAGCUCUCCAUCUUCAUGGACCUAGAUUUGCUCGCCGACUCUGCCACGGUUGGAAAGGAGCCUGCCUUCCAGCUGGUGGGGAUAGGGGAGUCUCUGUUUGACAUCUUUUUAGCCAUGCUGGCUGAUGGUACCCUUCUUCCCACAAUGGUAUUCUUCAAGGGCCAGCUCCCGGGGAGGCUGCGAAAUGGUCUGCCCGACUCCAUCCUGCUGGAGGCUAAGGUUGAGGGGUUCACAGAGGAGGAGGAGAUGGAGCUGUGGACAACCCAGGUAUGGAAGAAGCACAUGAACUCCCAGAAUGGGAGCAAGGGUAUGCUAAUAAUGGACACCUUCCGCAGCCACAUGUUAGACAAGUCUCUGGCCACCAUUAGCGCUACCAGCACCUUGCCGACCAUCGUCCCGGCGGGCUGCACCUGCCGCCUCCAGCCGCUGGAGAUGUGUGUUCGGCCCGUUCUGCAGAGAUUCUUGCAAGCCCGCUGGACCAAACUGGCAGCACAGGGAGGGGCGGCAGGGGCCAAUCCCAAAGACCUUGUGCAGCUGCUCGUUGCCUGGCUGGCGGAGGCUUUGGCAUCUCUCUCUAGACAGUCAGGGUUAUUGCAGCGCUCAUUUAAUUUGGCCAAUGUGCUCUCGGGGCCAGAGAGCCACAAGUAUCAAGCAAAUUCCCAGAGGGACCUGGUAAACGCACUCUCUGAAGUCAUGCUAGGCCCUGAAAUAGUGGAACCUGGUCCACCAGCAGCGGAGAGCCAGAGAACAGAGAAAGACCAGGUGGAAAAGCAGAUCAGAUCACAUGAGAAAAGCAGAGAUGGAAAUAAGAUGGGCAAAGAGGAGGGGGAGGCAAAGGAGGACAAGACUGUGGAAAGGAUAGAAAGAAAGGAGGCCAAGCAGCAGCCAAAGCUCCAAGAAGCAGACCAAACCUCGAACACAUCAAAACAAGAUACAACUCUUUGUUCUGAAACACAGCUCCCCACGUCCAACCCCCAACCUUUGCGCCAGAUCUUUGAUAAAGACAGUGAUGCAGAGUCUUUCCUUGGCUUUGAUGACACUGAGUUAGACCCUUAGUUCGCUCCAAGCACAUACUUGUUGCAAUGGCUGCCAUGGUGGCCCCAACCUUUAGCUGUAGGGUUGCUUUGCAAAGACUAAAAGGAAGGCAACUAUGUUAUUUGCACUUGGGUGGUACUCAUGUUUUCCCUGGUCACCAGGGAUGGUAUGAUCUAGUCUUCCCAAAGCACACUUGCUGUCUGCUUCCCUUUUCCCCACCAUCCAGGCCCCAUGGAUCAGCUUUCCAUUAAAAACUCUCAGUGGGAAAGGGCAGGCAUUGUCCCUGAACAAUCCAAGUGUUUUCUUGUAUGUUUGACUGUGAUGAGAUGGUGCUUUUGACUGGGGGAAGUUGUGAGGAUUCCAUGGGCAGGCAUCUAAUUUCAUGAACAUGAGUAAUAAAGGACAACUUUAUGCAGAGGCAUUAAAGAUUUGGUGCAGGUUUUUUUUCUGACAUGCUACUGUACAUUCAUGAAAUAUUAAGUGCAUGGUAAUGUGUUUCUUAUUAUGCCUUUUUGGUAUCAUCUGGUUUACUGAAUCCUUUGUAAACAGUAUUGAACUCUGUUAAAUUGUGGUGCUGAGUUAUGGUGAUGGCGUCAUAUACUGUCAACCUUUGCCUAUGUGAUGUGUCAGACAUCAGUAACCAUGCACAUUUGUCAGGAGGUUUUCUUGCUACCUGAAUCAUUACGUAAGUGCAGUAAUUAGGAGCAUGAUGAUGUAAGGUAAGCUGGUUUUAAGUGUCAUCAUUUGGUUGGAUCUAAUAUGGUAAAGUGGGGGUUAAAUUUUUCACCCACUGAUAUCAAAGAUAGUUGAGUAGUCCAAAUUCAGUUGGGGCAUUCUAGUAAAAGUGACACCAUGUCCUUAGUCUGGGCUCAGAGUUCAUAAAUAAGCUACUGGCAUAAUUGAUAAUGUCAUUUUACUGUCCUGUGACCAUUUAAAGACCCAGGAUGUUUUUUUUUCCUAGGAUGUAGUAAUAUUUUAUCCUCAAUGUUUUUUUUUUCUCAGAUGCAAAAUGGUGCCAUAAAUACAAGAAACAACCUGCUGAAUGCCUGUACACUACAGGAGCUGUAGGGGAGGAUCCAGUAAAGUCAUCACUAGUCAUUCUGUAGGUGUUGUGACAGGUCUGUCCACACCUGCAUAAUGAAUGUUACUAUUAACAGUUGUGUAGCUGUUAUUCUGUGGCAAAGAAAAUUAACCAUUAGGUGG